AUGCCACCUCGCCCAUUGACACAAUUGACCUUGGCAUUGCUCAAGCCAGACCUGACUGCAAACAGCAUCAAGGUCAACAAGGUCUUUUCUCACAUUCAACAGAACGACUUCAACAUUGUCGCCCACAAGACCCUCCUUUGGUCAAAGAGCGAUGCCGAGGCCUUCUACGGCGAACACCGCGGAAAGUUUUUCUUUGAGCGGUUAUGUGGCUACAUGACCAGUGGACAUUUUCAUGCGUUGAUUCUAGAGAAGCCUGAUGCUAUCCUUGGCUGGAGAGCUCUGAUUGGACCUACACACCCUCCGCGUGCCCGAAUUAAUGCUCCUGAUACUCUUCGGUCGCUGUACGGAAUGACGGACACCAGGAACUCGUUCCAUGGCUCAGACGCGGUCGAUACAGCAACGAAAGAAAUCAGAUUCUUCUUUCCCGAGUUUGACUUGGAGAAGUGGCAGAAGGACCAAAAGGACCAAAAGGACCAACAAAAGCAGUGA